AUGGAGCUGAGAGUUGCAUGUUAUAGGGUACCCAACAUCAAGUUCAAUGUGGCUAAGGUGUUGCAGUCACUUAUUCCUAUAGUUGAUCCGUCUGUGGUGGAGAAGACAAUCCGUCCAUGUUUGGUUGAGCUAACUGAGGAUCCGGAUGUCGAUGUCAGAUUCUUUGCUACUCAAGCACUACAGUCAAGUGACCACGUCAUGAUGUCUAGCUAG